AUGUUUCCAGCAUGCAGCGACACCCGAACGCAGACAGCCACAUGCAAACUUGUUGAAGGACCUCUUGUUCUUGGAGAUCCCAUAAAUGAUGAUAUGAGAAAUCUUGAAGAGGUGUAUGGUCGAGUUAUUGUGCGUAAAACUACUUUGGAAAAGCUGCCCGCCAUGCCUAAAUUGAAGAAGAUUGAGUGGAAAGAGGAAUCAUCUAAACCUGCAAUUGAAAUAACGGACAAUGCCAACUUGAAAAGUAUCGCAGAACUUAUAAAAGUGGAGAAUGUUGUGCUCGGACCAGACAAUAAGGCAGCGCAAAUCGAAAGAAACCCUUUGCUUUGCAUUGAACAAGAAAAUGCCAACCUUCCGUUUGUGAAGAAAUACGCCAGCCACGUCAAGUUAUGUGGUAAGUAA